GGCAGACGUCAUUAGCUUGAGCUCGCGCUCUCUCUUGGUUAAGGGCUCGUGAGCGCAGUUCGAUCUGUUGUCCAGGCUGCGCGUGCCGCCGUUCAGAGUACAAACCCCGUCAACGGUCAGAAAUCAUAACGGAGUCUAACCGGGACCCGGUCCUCUAACCGUCCAGCCCCCCUUCCCGAGACCGGCAUCUGUGUCCCCACACGAGCCGGGAGAGAGGGGGGUCCAGCGCGGGGCGACACACCACGGACCGACCAGCAUGGACCCCCAAACGAAGGACCGACCGAGCCCGGCUGCGGGGGGGUUCAGCGGGCGUCUGGCCGCUCUGGGAGCCGAUGGAGGAGACUCAGAGUCCGGGGCCGGGUCUGAGGAGGCUGGAGGCGGCUGCAGCGACACGUUCAGCAGCCUGCCCGACAUGGAGCCCGAGACCCUGGAGGAGAAACUCAGGGGACUGGCUUUCAGAAAACAGACCUCAUACCGGAAGGCGAUCUCCCGCUCCGGCCUCCAGCACCUCGGCCCUCCUCAGCCCUCGCUGCCGCCGGCGUCCAACGGGCCCAACAAGGAGCUGCGGACCAGCGUGGACUGGACGGAGAACGCCGUGAACGGGGAUCACCUGUGGAUGGAGACGAGCUGCUCGGGGGAGCUGUGUUAUCUCGGAGAGGACACCUGUGUGCUGAAGACCGCAAAGUCGGCCCCCAGGAGGAAAUGUGCUGCCUGCAAGAUCGUCGUUCACACUGGCUGCAUAGAGCAACUGGAAAAGAUUAACUUCAGAUGCAAGCCGACCUACAGAGAGGGAGGAUCCCGCUCCCUCAGAGAUCAGAACAUUCUGAGACAUCACUGGGUUCACAGACGGAGGCAGGAGGGGAAGUGCAGACAGUGUGGAAAGAGUUUUCAGCAGAAGUUCUUCCACAGUAAAGAAAUCAUCGCCAUCAGCUGCUCCUGGUGCAAACAGGCGUUCCACAAUAAGGUGACGUGUUUCAUGCUGCACCAGAUCGAGGAGCCGUGUUCACUCGGGGCCCACGCUGGAGUCAUCGUACCCCCCUCCUGGAUCAUCAAAGUCAGGAAACCACAGAGCUCACUUAAGAACUCUGCGAGGAGAAAAAAGCGGACAUCUUUCAAACGAAGGACGAGCAAGAAGGGACUGGAUGAGUCAAAGUGGCGUCCAUUCAUGCUGAAGCCCCUCCCCUCUCCUCUCAUGAAGCCCAUCUUGGUUUUCGUCAAUCCAAAGAGUGGAGGCAACCAGGGGGCCAAGGUGUUACAGAUGUUCAUGUGGAUCCUGAACCCUCGACAAGUCUUUGACCUGUCACAGGGGGGUCUGCGGGAGGCGUUGGAGUUGUACCGUAAAGUGCCAAAUCUGAGGAUCCUGGCCUGCGGAGGGGACGGCACGGUGGGGUGGAUCCUGUCCACGCUAGACGAGCUGCAGAUGAACCCCCAGCCUCCGGUCGCGGUGCUUCCUCUGGGAACAGGAAAUGACCUCGCCAGGACGCUCAACUGGGGCGGGGGUUACACAGACGAGCCCGUGUCCAAAGUUCUGUGCCACGUGGAGGACGGUUCUGUGGUGCAGCUCGACAGGUGGAACCUGCUGGUGGAGAAGAGCGCGGUGCAGCCCGAGGACGGCACGCAGAAGCUCCCUCUGAAUGUGUUCAACAACUACUUCAGCCUGGGCUUCGACGCUCACGUCACCCUGGAGUUCCACGAGUCGAGAGAGGCCAACCCGGAGAAGUUCAACAGCCGCUUCCGCAACAAGAUGUUCUAUGCAGGAGCUGCAUUCUCAGAUUUCCUCCAGAGGAGCUCCAGGGAUUUGUCGAAGCACGUCAGAGUGGUGUGUGACGGUACCGACUUAACUCCAAAGAUUCAGGAGCUGAAGUUUCAGUGCAUCGUGUUUCUAAACAUUCCCAGGUACUGUGCAGGCACCAUGCCGUGGGGAAACACAGGAGACCACCGAGACUUUGAGCCACAGCGGCACGACGACGGCUGCAUCGAGGUCAUCGGCUUCACCGUGGCGUCACUGGCGGCGCUACAAGUCGGCGGUCACGGAGAGAGGUUACACCAGUGCCGGGAAGUCGUCCUCACUACCAUCAAGACGAUGCCUGUUCAGGUUGAUGGAGAACCGUGUCGCCUGUCACCAUCCACUCUCCGCAUCUCCCUCCGAAAUCAGGCCAACAUGGUCCAGAAGAGCAAAAGGCGCACCUCUGUUCCCCUCCUCAACGAUAUUCAGAAGGUGUGUGCAGCUGAUCUGCGCCGCCUCUCUGCUCCCCCAGACUCCUUCUCUGUUCCUCACGCCGUCCCGGAUCGUCUUCGUCUGCGGGUGAAUCGGAUCAGCCUGCUGGAGUACGACCGACUGCAGUACGACAAAGAACGACUGCGAGACAUCUCGAUCCCCGUCGGCAUCGUGGUGGUGAGAGGAGACUGUGACCUGGAGACCUGCAGACUCUACAUCGACAGACUACAGGAGGACUUACACCAGGCGCCAUCUACUGGCCACAGAGUGCACUACCAGGAUGAGUGCCGAGGCGUCCCCAGGACCAGCUCCUCCAGCAGACUCUCUCAGAACUGGAGCUUCCUGGACUCCACGUCAGCUGAUCGCUUCUAUCGCAUCGACAAGGCUCAGGAGCAUCUGCACUUUGUGACAGAGAUCUGUCAGGAGGAGGUUUUCAUCCUGGACCACGAGCCUCCAGCGUCGAGCCAGACGGCGUCCACGGGGAUGCCUGACCUCGUGGUGGAGCCGACAGCGGGCACUCCAUUAACCUCAGAGGAACAAGCUCUGCUGAAAGCUGCCGGAGCAGGAGAUCUGUCUACGCUCUCUGAGUGCGUGCGUCGGGGCGUCAGCCUGCUGGUCAGAGACUCUGCAGGAUGCUCGGCGUUACACAUCGCCGCUCAGAACGGACACACGGAGGUGGUCAGCUUCAUCCUGCUGCAGGGGUCAAAGGUUCUUCUGGAUCUGACCGACAGAGAGAAGGGGGACACAGCGCUGCACAAAGCCGCCUCAGAGAAGCAGCACGCCGUGUGUCGACUGCUGGUGGAGGCCGGGGCGUCGCUGCAGAAGACCAACUUCCAGGGGAAAACCGCCGUGGAGGAAGCGGAGGGAGACUCUGAGCUCACCACCUACCUGAGCGCCCAACAGAACACAUCUACAGUUCCUCAUGAGGACUUAGAGACAGCUGUCUGAGGCACACACACUCUCUCACACACUGUCACACACACACUGUGUCUCUGUGGACUCACUCGCAGUGGAAACCAAACAGAGGAAACAGACUCUGGUUUUUAUCUCCGGACGGACGGACGGACAGAGGAGUGACCCGCUCCGGCUCUGCAGAGGAGAUUUUAAUGGUCGAUUAUUUAUUUGUAUUUAUUUAUUCAUAUUCUAUUUAUUGGUCGUGCUGAUUGAUUGAUUGAGUGAUUGAUUGAUUGUAGGACUAUUUAACAGUUCAGGAUGUAAGUGCACUUUGAGCAGCCGUCAGGUGGUGACUUCACUUGAAAACGUGUCUUUUAUUUCUGGUUCAUAUUUCAAAGAGUUCGUUUUUAUAUUUAAGGAAACACGAUAAAGUUUCAGUGCGGAGCUCAUCACGAUGCUAAAGGUCUAUUUAUUUAUUCACCCCAUCAAACGUUUGUGCCAAAGACAUUACUCUGACGUAGUGUCACAUCUGUGUCAGAAAGUACCCAGAAUGCAUCACUGUAAUAAACCCCCAACACUGCUACAUACCAAAUUAGCAACAAUAAGGGCCUGUGUCCACUGACUGCGUUUUUAAACACUGGCAGCCGACUCGUUUCUAUCCGAACGUACGCAGCUCAGCGUCCUCUGUCUUCAACUUGUGCUCUCUGUAACCUUUGGAGCAUCAGGGUCACCUGAAGUGGAACCAAAAGGGGGCGGGGCUUCUGAUUUCACCUUUGUAAACAGCAACAGUGAAGGAGGAGCUUGCCAGACUCUUAUUUUUGUUUUUUUAAGGUAUAUUUUUUGGGCUUUUUAGCCUUUAUUGACAGGACAGCUGAAUAGAGACAGGAAAUGUGGGGGGCAGAGAGCGGGGGAAGACAUGCAGGAAAUGGUCGACUGGCCGGGAGUCAAACCGACGACUUCUGCGACGAGGACUAAACCCACAUAGCAAAAUUGGUCUGAUAGGUCUGGGCCAAAUCUGGUGUCAAGCCAGCACUGCUGGCUGAUUGGAUGUGGACCAGGUCUGGCAAUGAUUGCAUUGUAUAUAUGAUGGCAUAACACACCUGGCCCGAUUGAGGCUUGGUUUAUGUGGCCCAGAUCUGUUCAUGCCGCAACUGGGCUGAUUAAGGUUGAGCUUGUGAUUAAGCUGGCCCAUGUGUGUGCCGUCUCUGGCAAACUAUAUCAGGGCCACUUAAGGGCCGUCAUUCUUUGCGGUCUAGACCAAUUUUGAUAUGUAGGUAGCCUCUUUACGUGGGGCGCUUAGACCGCUAGGCCAUCAGCGCCCCUUUUUUUAAUUUUAAGGGUUCAAUUUCCAGGUCUCGGCCUCUUUUAGACGACUGAAAGUGCUGCAGUAUGCAUGCCAGGCCAGUAGAUGGCGCUAUAACUCUAUUGAAACACAGCAGUGAGUACAAACUUUUUCUUGUUCACGUACUACAUACUGAAUUUAGGACAAAUCAGUACGUACUGCUAGUAAAGUAGCCGGUUUCGAAAAACAGCCAUCAUUUCUGUAUCAAGGAGCGGCCAAAACGCCACAACAGUUUAACGUCACUGUUGACUUGCUUCGGUGUAGACAGGCCCUAAAUCUGCUGCUCAUGCAGGAUUCCUCUCCUCCUCCUCUUUAUUGUUUCUACUUCAUCUUGGAGGAAAUUUCCUUCAAGAAAAGCAAACAUAAAGAGCAUUUUAAAACAAAUUCAACUCAUCUGGUGAGAAGAUCUCUGGAAAUUGAAGCUGUGGGCGCUGCCAGUCAAAAAAACGCUGUUAGUGGAGACAGGCCCUUAAGCCUCAUUUAUGAAACCUACAUCACAGGGUCAAAGAGAUGAAAUUCUGAAUAUAAGAUACCUCUUUAGAUAUUUAAACUGCUCCAAAUCAACAACAAUUCAACAGUGAACCUCUCUGUGAGCUCUACUGUCGCCCUAUAAGGUCUAAAAAUCUCUUAAUAUCAGUUCUUUUUGCUCCACAGUGGAUAUUUAUUUGUUUUUAAGUGUUUCAAGCCAAAGUGUUUUUUUCUUUUUAUCACCAUGUCAAAGCUUAAACAAUCCUCCUCCUCCAUCACACGCCGUCUAACAGCUUUUACUCUUUCAGCUGCAGACUUUUAACAUGACGCGCUUCAACACGACUCAAACUGAGCUUCAAAGUUUGAGUCUUGGUUCUUAUUCUGGAUCCGAGCUCUCGUAUCCGUCAUAUCCUUCCCCGUCUGAUCCGGAUCUGAUUCUUUUAAAAGCCCAAAUAUCGACACCAUGAAUCCUCCAGCAGGUGUUCCUGUCGAUGUCCGAUAUUCCUGAUCCGACAAAGCUUUUUUUUUUAACAUGCAGUGUGUGUGUAUGCCUUCAUGUGUGUGUAUGCCUUCAUGUGUGUGUGUGUGUGUGUGUGUGUGUGUUAAUAUGGCCCAUUCCAUAUCAAACCUUAUGAGGAGUUAUCGAGCUGCACUGUCAAAGGACGAGGAAGCUUUGCUCUCCGUCUGCAGACUGUGUGGUGUCAUAACAGCGCCUGUGUGUGUGUGUGUGUGCGUGUGUGCAUACGUAUGUGUGUGUGUGUGUGUGCAGAGGAAGAAGAAUCUGAGCCAUAUUAAAUGCAAUAUGAUUGGUUGACGUCUUUUUGCAUUUCUGUCGUCGUUUACAUUACAUUAAUGUUUCUAACAGAGUCGACCUCUGAGCACGAGGAGUACUGAAUGUGCAAAGUUACUUCAGUGCCGGUCGGCUUCAUGAUUGUCUCGUUGUUUUAUUUCUUUGUGAGCAUGUUUGGACUCUGAACGCUCCCUGUGAGGUCUCUUUGGUUUGAUGUAAAGCAGGAGGCUCAGGUGGAGGAGGGAGACCGUUAGUCAGUAUUACAUCGGACUUCCACCAGAUCCGUCUCUGAUUUACCCACCUGUUGCGUUUUCAGCACGGAUCAGGACCUCCGGACAGCUGGAGUCAUGUGAUCGAGGUUUUUACUGAAUUAAGGAUUCUCCUCCUCCUCUCCUCAUCCAUGUUGUCUUUCUACAUGGAUGAGGAUUUUAACACAGAGUGUUUUAUUCUGAAAAUGAACCGGAUGUUUUCAUUUUGUUUUGGUGAAACCUGACUUCCUGUCCCGCUCAAUCUGCUCUGUUGAGAUUGAUGCGUCAGAAUCAGAAGAAAUAAAGGUCUUAUGUAUCUGAUCCGGAGGGCUCCGACCUGCCGGAUCAGAGACGCAGCCGGAACGCAACAGAGCGGAUCCAGUGGAAGUUAACACACGUUACUCAGUUUGCCUUCUUCGUUCUUUUGCUUGUGUUUCAGAUUCACACAAAAACGUUCUCUUAACUGUUCAAACAUGUUCAAGAACAGAGCUUUCACACGGUAUCAGAUAUCAAGAAGUCCAAAGCAAAAUUCUGAAGGCUCGCAACGUCUAAACUUUUUUUGGCAAAGGAAUCUACAUUUCUUUUUUCAUGCAUUUUAAUUCUUUAGACGUUUAAAGUUUGCAGGUUUUUUAACGUGCAACAAAAAUAUUCUUUGGAAACAGUGAAUGAGUCUUUGAGCACGGCAUCGACACCUGAUCAGGACCUCGCUUCAAGUCUCUUCUGAGGAUUAUAAAUACAUUCCAGCGAUUAAAAGACGUCAAGCUUUUAAAUGUUAAAUGUUGCUAAAGCUAAAAAAAACAAACGUCCCUCACAGGCAGGAGAUCACUUCCUCUUAACUUUGAAUACGUGAGUUUGACAUCGCCGCACAUGUUGAAAAAAGUGCGCCCUCUAGAGGUAUCCUCCAGUAAGACGCUCACGCAGGGUUAACAUCAGGUGUAUCUCUGGCAUCAUGAUGAAACAAUCUGUCGUUCUCAGCACUUUAAAAAUGAGCUUUUGAAAGUUACUCUUUCUCUGAGGGACUUUCUCCAAGCAGCAGGAACAACCAGACUCUUAAUUACCUCCUCAGGACAUUAAACGCCCUGAAAGUCCCAGAACCUGAUCUGAAAGAAGGUUGUUGUUUCAAGUUGAUCCAAAAAAAGAGCUUUCAUUUUUUGUUUUACUUCACGAGAACUUUUAUUUAAACACUUUCCAGUCUGAGUUUCACAAUGAAUGUUUGUUUGCUUUGGGAUGACGGUCUAAAUAAGGAACAAUCCUCUGAACACUCUUUCUGACUUCAUCUUCAUUCUCCACCUCUGAGAUCCGAUCAGUUCAUCCCUUCAUCCUCAAAUAUCCCUCAAACGUUUCAGGACGAACGACAAACACUCGGUGUGUGGAGGACGCCCUCACAGCGACCGCUCUGUGAUGAUGUUUUCUAUAAGAUGAUAAGCUCGGCCCGCUCUGAUACACACACACACACACACACACACACACACACACACACACACACACACACACAUGCUUCUUAUCACUCUUUCUAAGGAUCUCUUUGUAUCAAACUGUGUCUCUCUCUCAGCGUCGGUUCUGCAUGACAGUUUUUACCUCCUUUGGGUUUUUCUGGUGACGGCAUAAAAACGGCAUUAUCGUUGUUUCAACUAUUAACUCUACUUUUAAAGACCCGAGGCUCUCUUAGGUCCUGUAUGUUUAUCUUUCUUUUGUAUCUCUUAUUUCUCUGCUGAUGAUGAUGAUGAUGAUGAAGAUGUGGAUGAUGAUGAUGAUGAUGAUGUUGAUGAUGGGAUUACUUGAAGUUUGUUGUUUUAUUUUAUUAAUUUGUUUAAAGAAGAUGUGAUGCAGUA